GAUUGAUAAUACUCUCCCGAGUCUCGUCCUUACCGGUCCAAAAUCCAAAACCCUAAACCUCCCUCACCCUACCUCGUCUUCAAACUUGCUCCUCUCCGGCGAAUAAAAGAUAGAAUUGCUAACAAUGGCUGAGGAGGUGCCACAGCCUUUAAAUUAUAUACCAGAAGUGAUUCUAAAAAAGAGGAAGAACAAUGAAGAGUGGGCAAUCAGAAGAAAACUCCAGCUAGAGCAGAAAGUCAAGAGACUUAAAUCUGAUAAUUUUGUUAUCAAGAAGCCUGAGCAGUUCAUUCGAGAGUAUAGGGAUAAGGAGAUGGACCUUGUCCAAAUGAAACAAAGGGGUAAGAAAAGAUCCAGGCGAGCAUUGGUCACGUCUGAUUCCAAUCUCCUUUAUGUCAUACGCAUUGGCGGGAAAAGUGAUAUGCACCCAAGAACACGAAAGCUUUUGUACUCUUUGAGGCUGCGGAAAAUCUUCAGUGGUGUCUUUGUGAAGGCAGAUGCAAGAAUAUUGGAAAUUCUGCUAAAGGUGGAGCCUUAUGUCACAUAUGGAUAUCCAAAUCUUAAGAGCAUCAAGGAUCUAAUUUACAAGAAAGGUGCUGGAAAAAUUGACAGCGAGAGAGUGCCUUUAACCAGCAACGAAGUUGUCGAACAGGCAUUGGGUCAAUAUGGUAUUAUAUGCUUAGAAGACCUUGUGAAUGAGAUUGCCAAUGUUGGUCCCCAUUUCAAAGAAGUCACUAGUUUUUUGUGUCCCUUUGCUCUCAACAAGCCAGAAAAGGCAUUGCAGGGUAAGAAAAAACGAUUUGUGGACGGGGGUGAUUCAGGCAAUCGUGAGGGUCAAAUCAAUGAGUUGAUCAGCAAGAUGAAUUAGCAUAUUCAAGGGUCUAUUUGUUGGGUGUAUUAUUGUUGUGAUAACGUCAUUGGAUAAUGUAGCACUUAAAACUCUCGUAUGAUGGCAGCAGAAUUGUACUUAGGAUGCUAAAACUGAUCUUCAAUUUUUUUUCUACAUCCAUUGAUCUCAGUAGCCUUUCCGUGGGUUGUUUCUUA